CGGUAAAACAACACAUUUUUGAAUGAUGGCAAGAAAAGGGCGGCCCUCGAAGAUUUUAUUCAUCGACUAUUAUUCAAAUAAAAGAGCUAAGCAUCGGAGAAACAGUAAAACAAGCAGCAGGACAGCCUCGCUUAUGUCAGAAGCAAGUGUCAUGCGCAGCAAACAAAACAAUGUUGUGCAGACAAAUCUGUCCACACAGCAACAAUAUGGAAUUCCAAUUACAAGUGUGCAGGAAAGUCCUGCUCAGUGGAAGCCAUCAUCAGAAUCUCUUCAUGCAUUGAAUACUAAACAGCACGGAUCAUUGAACCCGUCGUGCGAGGGAGUGUCCUCUGCGACAUCUAACCCCUCUUUAAUUUCAAAUUUGAACGUGCCCUUGUCGUUCACAUUUGGAUCAGAUCAAUCACCGCCGCUCACUAGCGGAAUACUAGAUGAUAUAGCCUUUCAGUACGCGCGUUUCUCGCUUUAUAUGGGUGCAACACAGCCUUUCAAUCCCUACGGACUUCUCGAUCAAGCGUUUAUGACGAAUGAAACGAACUCGAUGGUUGACCACAACAAUUAUGUAGAUAUGCGCACGCUAAGUACCAUACCAACUACAGACUCCUUGGGUACUCUGACUAGUAUGAUUGCGGACAUUGAGCCUUUCAACCACAUUAGAAUGUCGGAUAUUUUAAGCACGCAAACACCUGUUGAGUUCUUCGGUGAUGCGGAUCUCAAAAGCUUAGGAAAUACGAUGAAACUGGAUCUGGAUGGGUUCAGUUGCGACUCCUUCUUGUCACUAUCGGAUACGGUUGGGUUGGGUUCUGCUGUGCGCGUCAAUGGGGGACUAUCAAUGCUUGAUUCGGGUACAUCUAUGAUAGGCUCCACCACUCCAAUUUCGUAUUGCAGCAGUGACCUAUUUUAUUUCGGGAGUCCUGAAACGGGUACCGCAUCGGAAACUUCGACGUAUUUUAAGGACAUGAAGGUCGAGCACAAAGCAAGAAAGUCUCUCACUAGCGAAGUGCCAGCGGAUGUUGUGCCAGAUUUUGAAAAUAACGUCACAGCCUUACAAAGUAGUAGCCUGCCGAUGGCAGAUUCCGAGUUGACGACUGACAGUUUCUUUGCUGUACACAAACCUGGAACUAUUGUAUGUUUCAACUGUAAGAUAUUCAAUGAAAAGACUUGGCGGAAGUCUCCGAAUGGCGAUACCCUAUGCAAUGCGUGUGGGCUAUACGAAAAAGCCAAAGGUAAACCGAGACCGCGCCAUUUAGCACACAGAAAACUGAAGCGGCUGUUAAAUCGAGAAGCAAAGCACACUAAAUUAAAUUAGACGUUAAGCACACGAAGAAUACUGACUUUCUUCCCUUGCAACGGAAGCUCGACAAGGAACAAAGUAAGGUAAAUAUAUUGCCAUUGUAAUUGCUACCCAGCAAGUAAAGAUGGUUAGAGCGAACAAAAGUAUGUCAGAAAUAGAUUGUGGCUGUUCCUUUUAAUGAAGCUACAAGAAUGUAUGGAUCAAUUAUGCCUCAAAUAAUCGAAAAUAUAGGACAACGCCUACAUACGUUGAAACGUAUGCUAAAAAUAAACCUUUAUGAUAUAUUCUAUAUAAUCGGA